UUCCUUCUUCGCAAUUGUUCAACAAGGUAGAGCAGACGCCAUUAUAAGUUGUGUCAGAAUCUGAAUAAAAGCUAGAGAAUCAGCAACAAUUUACCUGAGUCAAGUGUCUUCAAACCAAUAAUUACUUAUCAGAAUUCUGUACAACUCGAUUAAGUAACACUGCUAAUAGGUCAAGCCACGCUACAGUCGUGUCAAAGAAAGAGUGUUGAGCACUUUGCUUAGUCUAAAAGCUGAAUUCAGCCACUCCGGGGAUGUACCCGAGAAGAACUCCAAUUAGUCAUGAAGCAUCUCAGCAUAUCACUUAUCUCAACAGAAUCAGAAGACUUGGGGUAUAUCAUGCUCGCAUCAAAUUUGGUGAAUUUGGCCCAAGUCUCACCGAACCUGUAGAACCUGAAUACAGGCCAUUGCCCCACGGUGUAACAAUUGAUGCAAAACUAGGUGCCUACGAAGAAGGUUUCUAUAGCAUUGCAAUCAAGUAUUUUCCCCGUGACGAAGCUGUUGCCAUCACCAACAUCAAAGUGAACGCUGAUUAUGCAAGAUACCUAAACUUCCUGAGAGGAUUACCGACUUGUGAGCCAACGCCAAGAGAACAAAUUCAUCCAGAGAUUCCCUUGCCAGCUGUGCUCCAGAACCCAACACCACGUGCACCAGACUACGGAAGCACUCCGAUUGCAAGAUUUUACGGGUACCAAGGACCUAGAAGCCAUCCGAGGUCGCGUGGUCAAUCUACCGUUGCAGAGCAGUCAACAUCUGUAGCAACCAGGAACGUGGUCGUUCGCAGCCUUCUCGAAAACGAAAGAAGAAGAGAGGCUGAGGUUAUUGAACAAGAAGUCGGUGCAGAAAGUACAGAAGACAUCACUGAAGUGGAGACAAAUUUCUCGAUCAGAACAAACGAUUCUGAGACUGUCAUUCAAGAAGAAAGUGAAGUAGAGGAAACAGUGAAAGGAGAAAGUGAAGAAAGCGGUUCGACCACAUCUGAGGAAUUCAUCUUGUCCAUCAACGAACGAGAAUUUUGAAAACCCUCAGCGAAUUCGCUCAAGAAGAGGCUUCAUUUUUUUGUUUUAAGUUCCCUUCGUGUUAUGUUAAACUAAGAUCUUAGCCAUCUAGUGGUAACAAACAAAUUUUUACGUUUGUAACUCGACGAAUACGUCAAUAGACUGGUUUUCAACAAGCAUAUUUUCUUGUUGCUUUCUCAAAAUUUAAAAUACUGCCUUGAACAACUUUAAUUUCCUUUUCCUCAAGAUCGAUUCUCAAAUUCGUAGAUUACUGAAAUCAGUGUAAUUCCAAACAAUGGCGACCGCAAACAAAAAACAACAGGCGCAGACUUUAACACUCUUAACAAUAGAGACAUUGGAAAGGGAA